GUGACCAAGCAGCAAGCUGGAUCAAAAUAAAAAUUUUUCUACAUAAAGGCGCCCAACUUUCCCACCCCCACCCUGCCCCAUCCGUCCAACUCCAACAACGAAGUUUUUUUAACCCUUUUUCUUUCUUACAUUAUCCACUCACUUCCACUCUUUAGUGCGCCACUCCACAAGGACUACCUUCAUGGUCUUUAUCUAUCAACACCAGAACGAAAAGAACGCCAGCGACUACAUUGCUGACCAAAUUUGGAAGACCCUUAUCUGAUUCUAUUUUUUCUUAUUUAAAUUUCUCUCACUCUCAACUCUUUUAUCUUACAAAGUAAUCAUUUCCCUCUAAAACCAUGCUUAACGCUCGUCGUGUUGCUCUGGCCAAGGCUGCAGCGGCCAAAACCACCAAGUCUGGCCUCUACGCCACCUCCACCACCGCCAAGGCCGCAUCGUCGGCUUCUCUGCUGCCGCUGCUAAAGUCAAAGGCUUCCGCCACCCACCUUCAGCGCCGCCAGCUGCAUGUGCCGUCGAUCUCCCGCUCCUCGUCGUUGCUGGCCACUGCCGCCGCAAAGCUGGCACGCAAGCAGGUCGUGUCCAUUGGCCGCCGCAACUUCUCUGGCGCCAGCACGCACGCGUCGGCUGGUACGCCGCCGAACAGCGCCGUGUCGUUUGCCUCGGAGCUGGCUCGCACGGGGGCGAAGCUGGACGUCAAGAAAGUGUUGGUUGUGGGAUCCGGCGGUCUGAGCAUCGGGCAGGCUGGCGAGUUCGACUACUCGGGAUCGCAGGCGAUCAAGGCGCUGCGCGAGUCGCAGAUCGAGACUGUAUUGGUCAACCCCAACAUCGCCACGGUGCAGACGUCGCACGAGCUGGCUGACCACGUCUACUUCUCGCCAGUCACCCCAGAGUACCUCGCGCAGAUCAUCGAGAAGGAGCGCCCCGACGGUAUCAUGCUGGCCUUUGGCGGCCAGACGGCCCUGAACUGCGGUGUGCAGCUGAACAAGAUGGGCAUUCUGGACAAGUUCAAUGUGCGCGUUCUCGGCACCUCGGUGCGCACGCUGGAGCUGUCGGAGGAUCGCGAUCUGUUUGCCAAGGCGUUGAAGGCCAUUGACAUCCCUGUGGCCCACUCGACCGCCGUUAACACCGUGCAGGAUGCGCUGGACGCCGCCAAGGAGAUCGGGUACCCGGUCAUUGUGCGCUCGGCAUACGCGCUGGGCGGCCUCGGUUCCGGCUUUGCCGCGUCAGAGUCCGAGCUGCAGUCGCUGGCGAGCCAAAGCUUGUCGCUGUCGCCGCAGAUCCUCGUCGAAAAGUCGAUGCGCGGCUGGAAGGAGGUCGAGUACGAAGUUGUCCGCGACGCGCUGGACAACUGCGUGACGGUAUGCAACAUGGAGAACUUCGACCCACUGGGCAUCCACACGGGUGACUCGAUCGUCGUUGCGCCCAGCCAGACGCUGAGCGACGAGGAGUACCACAUGCUGCGCACGGCGGCCAUCAAGAUCGUCCGCCACAUGGGUGUCGUCGGCGAGUGCAACGUACAGUACGCGCUGAAUCCCGAGAGCCUCGAGUACUGCGUUAUUGAGAUGAACGCGCGCCUCAGCCGCAGCUCGGCGCUGGCGUCUAAGGCCACCGGAUACCCGCUGGCGUUUGUCGCUGCCAAGAUCGGCCUUGGCUGGACGCUGCCCGAGCUGCAGAACAGUGUCACGACGACGACGACCGCGUGCUUCGAGCCCAGCCUGGAUUACGUUGUCACCAAGAUCCCGCGCUGGGACCUGAGCAAGUUUAACCACGUCAGUCGCGACAUUGGCUCCUGCAUGAAGUCUGUCGGCGAGGUCAUGGCCAUCGGCCGCACGUUCGAGGAGAGUCUGCAAAAGGCCAUCCGCUCGGUCGACCCGUCGUUCGCCGGCUUCUCGCCCAUUGCCGAGUGCCUGCCCAAGUCCACUGAGGAGCUCGAGGACAUGCUGCGCAACCCGACCGACCGCCGCCUGUUCUACCUGGCGUACGCCAUGAUCGAGAAGGACUAUGGCGUUGAGCAGCUGCACAGCCUCACACGCAUUGACCGCUGGUUCCUGUACAAGCUCGAGAACAUCUGCCGCGUGCACAAGGCCCUGCAGCAGCCGCACCAGACCCUGCAGAACCUCGAGCGCGCCGACCUCGAGAUCGCCAAGCGCAUGGGCUUUUCGGAUCAGCACAUCGCCGGGCUUCUCAGCGCCGGCGCCAGCGCCCUGCCCAAGGUCAGCGAGGACGAGGUGCGCGCGCGCCGCCAGCAGUUUGGGCUGCGCCCCUUUGCCAAGCGCAUCGACACGCUGGCCGGCGAGUUCCCCGCGCCAACCAACUACCUGUACACGACCUACAACGCAGCGACGAGCGACGUGACCUUUGACGAGCACGGCACCAUGGUGCUGGGCUCCGGCGUUUACCGCAUUGGUUCGUCGGUUGAGUUUGACUGGUGCGGCGUAUCGGCCAUCCGCGCGCUGCGCCAGCUCGGCCACAAGACCAUCAUGGUCAACUACAACCCCGAGACCGUAUCGACCGAUUUUGACGAAUGCGACCGCCUAUACUUUGACGAGCUGAGCUACGAGCGCGUACGCGACAUCUACGAGAUGGAGAACUCUGGCGGUGUCAUCGUCAGCGUCGGCGGCCAGCUUCCGCAGAACAUUGCGCUGCGCCUGCACAAGAACGACGUCAAGGUGCUGGGCACCAGCCCGGAGCGCAUUGAUGCCGCCGAGGACCGGCACCAGUUCAGCACCAUCCUCGACAGCAUCGGCGUGGACCAGCCUGCGUGGAAGGAGCUGGUCAGCGUCGCCGACGCAGAGAACUUUGCCGACACCGUCGGCUACCCUGUGCUCAUCCGCCCAUCGUAUGUGCUGUCCGGUGCCGCGAUGAACGUCGCCUACGACGCCGAGUCGCUGCGCAGCCACCUGCAGCUGGCCGCGUCGGUCAGCCCCGAGCACCCCGUUGUCGUGACCAAGUUCAUUCUGGGAGCGCGUGAGCUUGACAUUGACGCUGUUGCCCACAACGGCAAGCUCAUUGUGCACGCCGUCAGCGAGCACAUUGAGGACGCCGGUGUGCACUCGGGCGACGCGUCGCUGAUCCUGCCGCCGGCCAACCUGGCGCCCGAAGUCAUGAAGCGCGUGCGCAUUAUCGGCGACAAGGUGGCCAAGGCCUUUGAAAUCUCGGGUCCCUUCAACAUGCAGAUCAUUCUGCAGCAGGACCCGGCCGGCGGCGAGCCCCUGCUCAAGGUCAUCGAGUGCAACUUGCGUGCCUCGCGGUCGUUCCCCUUCGUGUCCAAGGUUCUUGACACGAACUUUGUCGAGGCCGCCACGCGCGCCAUCGUCGGUGAGGGCGUGCCCGAGGCGCGCGACCUGAUGCAGGACGGCAAUGCCACGUGGCCCUACACUGCCAUCAAGGUGCCGCAGUUCAGCUGGACGCGUCUGGCCGGUGCCGAUCCGUUCCUGGGCGUCGAGAUGUCGUCGACCGGCGAGGUCGCCUGCUUCGGCAAGACGCCCGAGGAGGCCUACCUGGUGUCGCUCAUGUCGACCAACGGCUUCCGCCUGCCCAUUCCCGGCAAGUCUGUCUACGUCGGCAUGGACGAUCUGACUGAUAAGCGCAUUGUCCGGAAGGUCGCCAAGCACUUUGACCAGGCCGGCUACCCCAUCCUGACCGACAGCGCCGAGACCGCCGGCGUUCUGGCCGAGGCUGGCGUCGAUGCCAAGGUGGUCAAGCUCGACUACGCCAACCGCCGCACGCUGCGCGACGCCGUGUCCAACAGCAACAUCGACCUUGUUGUUAACCUGGCCAAGCACCGCCCGAAGGACAACUUGGACGCUAACUAUGGCAUGCGCCGCAUGGCUGUCGAUUUUGGCCUGUCCCUGGUCAACGACCAGCGGUGCGCUGAGAUGCUCGUUGAUGCGCUCAAGGCCCUGCCCGAGGGCGCUGCGACCGCCGAGUUUGGCUCGCAGAAGCUCAACAUCCAUACCCCCGUCGACGUCAAGACCUGGCAGGAGUACCUCGACAUGAAGAAGAACUAGGUCAUUUUAAUUUUAUUCUUUCGUGUUAUCUUUUUGUUACAAAACUCCCAAUGAAUCAUUCUGAAUUAUUCC